AUGGGGCUGUUGGCCGACUACCCGGGAACAUACUCUGAGCUCUCGGAUGACUCCUCACUGGGAGACCAAACACCAGACCUACUGGCUGAACAGACACUGAAGCCGAAACCUAAAUACACAGAUUCUGCACCGGUUACCACCGGGGUGCUCAAGAAACUACUUGCAGAACUCCAUUCGACCAUCCAGUCUGAUGUGGCUAACCUCCGCUCAGACGUCCAAGAACUGACUGGAAAGCUGGGCACCCUGGAGAAUACCUCCCACGUCCAUUAA